CGAAAUCAGUGAAGAAGUUAGUGGCAACAAGUUCGGAGCCAGACUUUCCACAAUUUAUAUCUCGGACUCGAAAUAAAAAAAAAUCAUUUUUCUCUCUAUAAUAAAAUCAGAAUUGUGACGACUAUAAUAGAAAAACAGUGUAAAACGUGGAAUUUUUGCAAUUUUCGUUCCAACGCUAGUGGAUCGAGUUUUUCAUUAACAAUCCAUGGAACGUAAUGCGAACAUGAGUUACAUUCUGGAUUAUAGGAUACGAUAUAAAACUGCGAAUAUUUUGUGUUUUUCUGAUUGAUUGAAUGUAAUAGAGUUGCUGGCGAUUGGGAUUACUAAUAAAUUACCCGUUUCAUCUACGUAUAAGAAUUGGAACAAAAAGUUGAACAAAAAAUGGCAUUAGAUUUUGCUGCUGGAUGCUUGGGAGGUGCUGCUGGAGUCUUAGUGGGACAUCCGUUCGACACGGUCAAAGUUCAUUUGCAGACGCAAAGUCCCAAAAAUCCUCUCUAUCGGGGAACAUUUCAUUGCUUUCGUUCGAUCAUUGCCAAAGAUUCAAUUGCUGGACUGUACAGAGGCAUUUCGAGUCCGAUGGGAGGUGUGGCAUUGGUAAAUGCAAUCGUAUUCGGGGUGUAUGGCAACAUUCAACGGCGCUCGGCCGAUCCGGAUUCAAUAAAAUCACAUUUUCUUGCUGGAAGUGCUGCUGGCCUGGCACAAAGUAUUGUUUGUUCGCCGAUGGAAUUAAUAAAAACGAGAUUGCAGCUACAGUCACAAAAUCCAAACAAUAAACAAUUCACCGGAGCGUUACAUUGCCUGAGACACAUUUUUCGAAACGAAGGAUUUCGUGGGGUGUACAGAGGAAUCGGAAUAACGGCUCUACGGGAUCUGCCUGGCUUUUCAAGCUACUUCGUUUCGUACGAAAUGUUAAUCAGAGCAUCUCCGAAUCCUGGAAAUUUCUACCUGUUUAUGGCUGGUGGUAUAGCUGGAGUGAUAUCAUGGAUUUUGACUGUCCCAAUAGAUGUAUUAAAAUCUCGAUUACAAGCGGACGGUAUGGGAGCGCAACAGCAAUAUACGGGUAUCAGAGAUUGCUUCCGGCAAAGUUACAAAGAAGAGGGUAUCGCCUUCUUGACGCGAGGCAUGUGUUCAACCCUAUUAAGGGCUUUCUUUAUAAACGCUGCAUGCUUCUACGUUGUCUCAUGGACGUUAAAAAUAUUUGAUCGUCGCACGGUUCAGGUGGAGUUACCAAAGGACGAACACAUAACAAUCAGUAAUGGUUCACCACUGCAAUCAUUGGUUAUACCGAUUGUUAUGCACAGAGAUGACUCGAAUCAUUACAAAAAAAGUGUGGUGAAAAGUCUAGCUUAUACUAACGCCUGUGCUCUGAAUGAUGCGUUGAGUAGUUCGGAUUUUGUUGAACUAGCCAAUGACCUUUGCGAUGAUGGCAAUGAUGAUUAUUGUAAUUAUAAUGUGGAUAGACUUAUUGAUUUUCCAUCAGUUACUGGCACCGAUGUAGUUUUAAGUGAAUAAUUUAUUUGAUUCGUCGAGAGAAAAAGUAUUUAAUUUUGUAAUGUUUCAGUCGAACGAAAAAAAAGGUGCUCCACUUGUCUACUUGUAGUAGUAUAAAUCUGAAUUAGUUUCAAACUAAAUUACAUAACGAAAUCUAAGUUUUUGUUAAA